GGUUGAAUAUGUAAGUAGGCUGCAUCACCGCGCUGCGUAAAGUUGCCGGGCAUGAGCCAAAUGCAAGGAUAAGAUUCAUGAAGAGAGAAAAAGAGAGCUCAUGUUCUUGGCGUAUCUGGAGGAGGUGUCGAGUACCUGCGCACAUAUGUGGAAUGCUGAUCCUCAGGGACUGGUUCUCAUUGGUUAUGUGUUAUGCUAUAAGCUGGAUCUGUGUUCAUUUCUGUGAGCCUAUAUUCCACCAAAAGCUCCGUUGUGUCCGACUAUUUGAGGGCCAAGUUGGAGGCUCAUGUCAGUGCAGUCUUCCGACAACUGACAUUGGGCCACUGUACUAUACAUGGGAGGUGGAACUUCACCACUUAAGAGAUUUAUCUGACCAUUGGGGCACUAUGGAAUGAUCAGAAAAAAUGUCACCAGUUAUCAGCCCUAAUAAUACGAACACUUUCAAGCGACGGGACGGAGAGGUGCCCGAAGAAGAUCUCCACGAAGACGAGGAUAAGGACAACGAGUUCCCCGGUAAGGUUUCAAGCUCCGCCGAAUUAGGAUCUUGCCAUGCCACUUACUGUGCAGACUACAUGUACAUGUACCGUAUUCACUGGACAAAGUCGCUAGCGCUACGCUAUAGAUAUACCGUAUACGCUUGUGCAAAUUCCUUAGGCAGUAUAACGCUCAUAGGCUAUAACUACUGCUCGAUAUUGGCACCACUCCUAACAGGGAUAUUGCCUCGCUAA